GAACCAUGAGAUUGUAUUUAUUUAUUGUAUUUAAUAUAGAUUGUGCGGGCGGCUCGCUGUGAGCGUUCACAAAUGUUUUUGAGCAGAAGCGUUAUGUGUGCCGAGAUUUUGGCAGUAAACCCAUUCAUUAGUGAAUCUAAGUUUCACUGUACGGUCUUUUAGCCCAAGUUAAUAAUGUUAUGCUCACCUGCAAGUGGUCAGCAAAUUAGAAAUUAUCUGGUUCCAGUUUCUUCUUCAUAACCUCUUUCGGGGUGAUGUUUGUGAGGAAGCGUUGAUGGCUUAGUAAGAAGGGAUCAUUUAGGUCGUCGUAACACAUCAAAAGUGUUGACUCUGUUUUGUAGUCAUCUGUUAAGUGAUGCUGUUUAAUGGCACUGGAACAGUAAUUAACUAAAAAAAAGCAUCCAUUUUAUUUGUUCUGGGAGUGAAUAAGCGGGUAUCAAUCCUUUCUGUUGCUGCAGCUCAAAUUAAUUUACGUGCUGCAUCUCAUCACAUCCUUUGAGAAUUUAAUUAUCUCAGCAAACAGACUCUGGGUGUGUUGAAUAUACAGUACGAUAUUCUAUCAGAGUCAUGAGGAAGCCGAAACCGCGCAGAGGCUCGUUGUCUCAUUAUGACUGUAUCAUUGCAGAGUCACUUGGCACCAGCACGACAAGAAAAAAAGCAAUGAUGAUACACCUGGCUUUAAAAAUGUCAUGUUUAAUCGAAGGGGAUCAUAUCGGUGAUUAUGUGACUACUGCACGCAAUCAUUGAAAUUGGAAAAUGCGCAUCUCAUGUCGAAAGGUGAUCAAGCGACCUGUUUUGUUUGUUGGAAAAGCUUUGCAUGCGACACAGUGAAAAACGUAAACAGCGUUUACCAGCUUCAACCCAGAAUAAUCGAGUUAUUUGCCGUGUUAAAUGUAUACAUAUUUUUCCCUAAACAAGUCACGGCGGUUUUGCACAAAAACAGCAUGAGUUACUGGUGAUUUUCUGACUAACUGGACUCCUGAAGGGAAGGGGCCGGCAUAAAUCAGCUGGUGUCAGGGCUACAGACACCCACAGCUCCUUAUCAUCGCAUGCAGGUGGACACACUCGCAGAUUGAUAGGUCGAUAGCCGGUUUGACAGGCAGGGCGCCUUGCAGCCAAGUCGAGAAGCUGCUUCCAGGGACAUGUGACUCAGGUGGGGGCUCUCCGCUGGAGGCAAAGGCACGGCUUGACCAGGCAAUGAAACAUGGCAACACAAAGCCAUCGGGCUGAAAUUUAACCGGGCAUUGCAAACCGUUGAACAGAAAUGUUCCUCAAACUAGAAAGUCAGUAUGCUGUCGGCAUUGAUCCCUCCCUUCAAGUACACAAGCCCUGGGAACAGCAGCACGGAGGACGAGGACAGUUUAAGUACCAGCAGCGCAGAGGUGAAAGAAAACCGCAACGUUGAUAACUUGGAGGAUCGCUCCCUAGCAUCUGCUGAGUGUCAAUCGCGCUUCUGCUCUGACUCCGCAAGAAGUGGGAGUUCUAGCCUGAAGAGAAAACGGCCUCUGGAGGAAGACAACAACGGCCACUUGAGCCAACUCCGUCUGAUCUACAAGAAACUGUCCUGGUCCGAGGUACCAAAGAAUGCUUUGGUUCAGCUCAAUGAGCUCCGGCCAGGUCUUCAGUAUCGCAUGGUGUCACAAACGGGCCCGGUGCACGCUCCUGUUUUCUCCAUUGCCGUUGAGGUGAACGGAUUGACCUUUGAAGGAACGGGUCCCACAAAGAAGAAAGCUAAGAUGAGGGCUGCGGAACAAGCUCUUAGAUCCUUUAUUCAGUUUCCCAAUGCUCCUCAGGCCCACCUCGCCAUGGGAAACAUUUCAAACCCAUCCGUUGACUUCACCUCGGACCAAGCCGGUUUCCCCGACACUCUUUUCAAGGAGUUUGAAUCUUCCCCGUGCUCUGCCGGCCUCUCCUUUUGCAAUUCGGAAGCAGAAAGUCAGCUAUUAUCAAGUGAGCUACUCAGACAUGGACGCUUACUUUGCCAUACCUUGGACCUGAUGGUACAAGCUCAGCAACGGUUAGGGGGAAUUGUUCCCGAGCCAAACGCGCCCAAGAGUGCCGUGGUCCUGCUCAAUGAGCUCCGUCCCGGCUUGCGUUACGCCUGUCUUUCUGAGCGAGCCGAGGGCAGGCGACUGCGUAGCUUUGUGAUGGCCGUACGCGUGGAUGGACGGAUUUUUGAGGGCUGCGGUCGCAGCAAGAAGAUGGCCAAGAGCCAGGCAGCCCAGUGUGCUCUUGAAGCCCUCUUCAAUAUCAGGACAGCCCCUGAAGGCCGGAUGAGUCUCAAAACCAGCAGGAAGAUAUGCCCUCAUUUACCCCAGGACUUUGCCGAUUCAAUAUUCCACUUGGUGAGGGAGAAGUAUCGCUCGCUGGUGGGCGGCUGCAAUCCGGCGUACACUCAACACAAAUCCCUGGCAGGCAUCGUAAUGACCCGAGGUCUGGACAUUAACCAUGCUCAGGUGGUGGCGUUGUCCACGGGAACCAAGUGCAUCAACGGGGAGAAUCUGAGUGACCAGGGACAAGUGGUCAAUGACUGUCAUGCUGAAGUGACUGUGCGCAGAGCCCUGCUACGCUUCCUCUACUCUCAACUUGAGCUCUUCUUUAGUAAAAGGCCAGAUGAGUGGGAACAGUCUAUUUUCGUGCGGCAUAAGGAACGCAGCUACAGGUUGCGAGACAGCGUCCACUUCCACAUGUACAUCAGCACCUCGCCGUGCGGGGAUGGAAGACUCAACUCGCCCUACGAAAUCACAACAGACCUACCCAGCAGCAGACACCUCAUGAGGAAGCACCGCUGCCACCUGCGAACCAAAAUCGAAUCCGGCGAAGGAACCGUCCCAGUCAGGCGUCGGGGGUCCGUCCAGACGUGGGAUGGCGUUUUACAAGGAGAGCAGCUCAUCACCAUGUCCUGCACUGACAAAAUGACCAGGUGGAAUAUUCUUGGCCUGCAGGGGGCACUGUUGAGCCACUUAAUGGAGCCUGUGUACCUUCAUAGCAUGACCGUAGGCAGCCUGCGCCACACGGGCCAUCUGGGCAGGGUCCUGAAUCAGCGGCAGGAACGACUGGGCCCCCUUCCCGCCAGUUAUAGACGCAACCAGCCGCUGCUCAGUGGGUUAAGCUGUGACGAGUAUCAGCAUUCAGGGAAGGCCUUGUGCGUGAGCGUCAACUGGACGCUGGGCGACGCGCAACUGGAGGUGGUCAACACCGCCACGGGACGGAGACGUGACUCAGGGAUGCCUUCACGCCUCUGCAAACACGCACUGUUCACGCGUUGGAACAGGCUUUCCUGCAAGCUGGGGAUCCCCGCGUAUCGCUCGGAGGACGGCCAGCCGGUUUACUGCCAGGCCAAGAUGGCGGCACGCCCUUACCAGACAGUCAAACAGCAGUGGUUCAGGUCUCUCCAAGAAACAGGCCUGGGCACCUGGGUGAAGAAGCCACCUGAGCAGGAACAGUUCCUGCUAUCGGACUGAAGAGUGUGUUUUUUCUCUGUGCAUCUGUGAACACGGAAAAAAAAUCAUAUUUUGUCAAGCGGUUGCACACAAUGGAAUCAUCUGGCUUUAGAUGCAUUUUUCAAGUAAUAGUUCAUGUAAACAAUGUAUGGGAUCCAGAUGAUUUUAUUUCGUGCAACCACUUGACAAUAUAAAGUUGGGUAAAUUCAGCACACCGUUUUUUUUUUGGUUGUUUUUUUCAGUGUAUGUAAGUGUGAAAGUGUUUUUAGGGUAAGGUAGGGGCCAUGCUCUUUGCAAAACACACACCUGCAUAACGCAAAGCGGAAACUGUGCGUGUGUUUGGUUGUGAAUGGGCCACACAUCCACUCCACCGCUCAACGUACCCGAAAAAAACCCCACAAAAACGAAAGGUCAACUAGAUGUGCCAAAAGGAACAGGAAAUUAUUUUUUUGUUUGUUUUUUUAUUUUUCAAUGCUAUGUUUCCUCUAAACUCAGUUACACACACACACGUGUGUGCCAACACACCCUCCUACAAACCCCCCACCCGACCCGCCCCCCCAACCCUCAGGUGUGGCGACUGUCAAAGAAGGGUGGAGUAACCUUGAGCUAAAUGAAAGGCAGCCGCUAUCUUGUCAUCAGCUAUUUCCGGGCCCCAAAGCUCCCGCUGAGGAGCAAAGCGAUGGGAGGGAGAGAAAGAGACGGAGGAAAGGAAAGCGAGAGAGAGAAAGAAAGAGAGGACCACGUCCAAUUAUUGGCCCUGUCAUGGUGAUGGGUGAUAGAGGAAGAGAAAGUGAGGAAAAAGAAGGGAGAGACACAAUUCAAUGCCAUCUCAAGAUACCCGUCCUCACCUUUCUUUGUGGUUGCCCUCUGACUCGGCCCUUUUUCUGGCCACGUCCUUUGUCCACAUCACUACCCCCCCCCUCCCCCCAGCCCCACUGCUCCUUGCCAAUCUCACGGCAGCCUCGCCUUUCAAGCGCAGCACAGUUGAACACAAGACGACAGGUUAAUACACCCCACUGGGUCGGGAGAAGAUGAGGUGCGUGAGCCCGGCCAUUAGCGCUUCUCAAAGUGCGCGUGAAGCUGAUGAUGGAGGGAGCGCCUUUUUUUUUUUCUGCUCAACUCUUUCAUACCUAAUAUGUCUCCUUACCCUUUUUUAUGUUCUGACCUGGAUCCACGUGUCAGUAUUGCACAUCACUUUUUGAACACCGGGGCCUUGUUGACCUGAUCAUGUUGUAAUAAUGGUAUAAUGAAUAAUGACGGUGUCAAGUAUAUUUAUAAUUUUUUUUCUUACCCCCCCAUACCGCCCCCCCCCAUCAGUGGGUGAAAUUCCCUUUCAGCCCCAGGUGAGGAAAAAUAAUAAUAAUCUAGCCAUCCCUGCAAAUAUAUACUCUCUCACAUUUAAUUUUCAGUCCUUAGUUUGUCAAACCAGGAUGUUUUUGGAAUGUGGGAGUACCUAUGCAACCGCCCC